GUUUCAUUUCGUCAGAAAUGGUUUUGUCGCAUGCUGCUCAUCUGUUUUGUAGUUAGUGGAGAGCAGAGUUCGACUUCAUAUUUGACUAUAUAUGUACAGUUCAUGUAAUUGCAAGGGCCAACAGUCAUGUGUUGUACGGUGACGGACAUGGAUACAACAGCUCUGAUCUACAAGGUCCUCUGUGCCCAUAAUGGGUCCUUUGAGCUGGGAGAAUUGCGUGCCAACAUUAGCACGAUGGAAGAUGACCUGGAAAGUGUUUUAGGGAAUCAGGAGAUGUUUACCUGUGCUGUCUCGAAGGGAAACAAACGGAUAGUUGCCCAGACGAAGAUGAGGUUAUGCAGAGCUAAAGGAUGUAGUGGCUGCAGCAAUUUACACCUGUGUAAGUUCUACUUGUAUGGAACAUGUCCAUCCAAUGAGAGACAAGGAUGCCGUCUCUGCCAUGAGCUGACGUCAGAGCACAACAUCAGAGUCCUGAGAGAGCACCACCUGGAAGAACUGGACAGGAAGGAGCUGUUUACAUUACUGCUGCAGAAUGACAACGCCCUUUUACCCCCAGUUUGCUUCACAUACAACAAAGGUAGUGGAGAGUACGGAUACUGUCCUGACAAGGAGAAAUGCAGAAGACUCCACGUCUGUCAGCGCUACAUUACAGGAACCUGUGCUGCAGAGGUGGACUGUAACAGGUCUCACGACUUCUACGAGCCCCACCCACUCAACACCCUACAGCAGAGGGGAGUACCUAAUGAACUGGUGGCAUCCAUGUUGUCCACCUACCGCAACAUCCAGGCAAUCAGGGAUACAAUUGAUGAUAGUGACAACCCACGUUGCAAAAAAGACUCUGGUAACCGCCUGCUGAAAUCCAAAGCUUUACCAAACCACUGGGAUAAAUCUUCAGUACCUGAAACUGGAUUCAAGAGGGUUGCUGUGCAGAGUUCCUCAGCUGAGCACAAGAAUAUUCUGGAUCUUUUCCAUCAAACUAUGACUGGCUUCAAUGUGACGACUAUUGAGAGGGUGCAAAAUCGAAUCCUGUGGGAGGUCUUUUCGUGGCAAGGAGAUGUGAUGAGAAAGACAAACGCAGGGAAGGAGAAUGAGAAGCAGCUCUUCCAUGGAACAGAAUCGAAACACGUGGACGCUAUAUGCCUGCAGAACAUAGACUGGAGGAUGGGUGGAACACAAGGAACGCCCUAUGGGCAAGGAAGCUACUUCUCCAAGGAUGCCAAGUUCUCCCACAGCUACACCAGCCAGUCAGAAGUCAGGUCCAUGUUUGUUUGUCGUGUGCUGGUGGGAAACUACACACAAGGACACUCCAGCUACCUCUGCCCCCCCUCAAAAGAUGGAAGUCACACCAUCUCCUAUGACAGCUGUGUGGAUGAUAUCUACAACCCCUCUGUAUUUGUGGUGGUCAGGAAGCAUCAGGUUUACCCAGAGUACCUUAUUCAGUACAGGGAAGGGUCCAGGCCUGGGACCUAUGUUCCACCACCUAACUUUGUCCAGAACCAGAGCCACCACAACAUGCACUGGACAUCUAUUCCAGUCAUGCUAUGCUCACCAGCCACCCCUGUGCUGCCCAACAAUGCAAGGUUCAGAUCUCCUUGCCCAACAGGACCUGCCUUUGCCCAGCCCGCACUCAGUACCCAGCCACUAUUUUCACACUACUCAAACCCACCCAGGCCUCCCUCCAAUCCCUCUGUUUCAAACCCUUCAAGACAAGAGAAGAGAACCCCCAGACCUACCUUGACACAUGCUUCUGCACAGUUUGGCUCCCUUAACUCCUUGACACAUCCAUUGUUUCAGCCAGGCCUGAUGACUUACGUCCCUCAUCCACCACCCUGGGUCGGCUCUAUGACCUCCAUUCCACGCGCACCUCCACCCAGGACAAGAUCACAGUUUGCUAAAAUGAAAGCAAAAAGUACAUCAAUGGCAUCACUAGAUAAUCUAUAAUCCUUGGUAGUCUAUUUUUAUUUAUUUAGAAGGAAAUUACCUUGUGUGUAAAUAAAUUGUAUUUCUGGA